AUGGCCAAGAGCACCGAGACAGACCCGCUCGUGGCACCCAUUGGCGCUGCCAACGAGCUCCACGUGAUUCUCGCGCUCUCCGGACCUCUCGUUGCGAUUCAGCUGCUGGAGGUGCUGCCGAGCUCCGUCAACGGCAUGCUCACGGGCCACCUCGCGACGCAAGACUCGGAGUCGCAGCUUUUUCUGGCUGCGAUCGACCUCGGCGAGCUCUUCUUUACGGUGUUUGUCUACAGCGUUGCGAUUGGUGUGAGCACGGCCAUGGACGCGCUCUGCUCGCAAGCGUACGGCAAAGGGUCGCUACACGAGCUCGGUACCUCGGCCAGUCGGCAGAUUGCACUGGCAGCACAGCACCUCACGCGCUACACGGUGCUCGGCAUUCCAUUUGUCUUUGGCUACGAAUUUCUCAAGCGCGUGCUGCAAGGCCAAACGAUUUUGAACCCGAUUUUGGCCGCGAUUACGCUCGCCAACCUUGUCAACGGUCUAGUUUCGUAUACGCUCAUGUACCACACACCCUUGGGCUACGCAGGCUCGGCGCUCUCAGCGGCCUUUCUCAAUGCCGCAGGCUGCGCCGUUAUGUUGCACAAGGUCUGUCAGCUCGAGCCGUGGCACUCGCACUUUGAGUGGAGCGCCGACUGCCACACUUUGCGUCCCUGA